AUGAGUGAGGAUGAAAGUCAUGACGUGGAACAAGAAGAAGAUAGUACAGACGGUGUAGACGAAGAAAAAAUAACACUCAAAGAAGCAUUACAGUUAGCGAAUAAACUGAAGACGUUUUGUCUCAAUAAGAGUGAUGCAGUUUCAUUGUCACUAGUUAAUCAACUCCAGUCUAAUUUUGAGGCAAUUGCAAUACAAGAAAAAAAACAAACUAAAAUUUCAGAUUUUUUUUUUCAAUAA